AUUCAAUACCAACAUAGAUGCCACUUUACUAACGGGAUGUUAUGCUACUUCCAGUUCUACUUAUUCAAAGUAUUGAACGUAAACUAACACUAAUUAUUCAAACAUUAUAGUUUUACAUAGUUAACAGCUAGGAGAUACACGUUCCUGCAUAUGGCCAUAUCUAGGGACGCGAUGUUAUGAUUAUUGACUAUUCUCCAUAUAGCAAUGAAAACACAUCGGACACUAACAAUGCUUAACCGAAUUGAGUUUCAUGAACUACUGUAUAAAGAAAAAGAAAUGGUGGAACCAACAGAUGAUUUGAAUUCCGAUUCGGAUGUAGAAUUAAUCGACAGCUAUAGUUAUGCAACAAAGAGAAAAGACAUUAGCAGUGAUAUUAUACAAGAUAGUCAAGUAGUUAAGAGGCCGAAAACAUUGACCAUUGAAGAAGAAGGAGAGAGCAGUAGCCACAAUAAUGGGAUGAGUCUAGCACCAUACAAUCAUAGUCAUAGUCCAAUUCCCGAUAUCAAUUCUAAAGUAGAGGAUGUAUUCCGAAAGCAUUCAUUAAUUCAGGUGGACUGGUUUAAUGAUAUGAGAGACGAUAUUCUUCUGAGACUAGAAGAACAACGAGGGUUACUUACGACAUUUGAAGGUACAUACGAUUCUGUAAUUCCAGAAGUGGUUCAUUAUGUGCGGCACGUUGAAAGGAAAGUCGAUGAAAUGGAAGAAGAUAUAUUAGGAGGUUUAAAUCAUAUGAAUCGAAAUACCUUAGAAGAAGUUUCUAAAAUGAAAGAUGAUUCUAUGAGAGAAAGUAUACAAACAAAGGCAGAUGUAUUGAAACAAGUAGAUCUGGUAAAGAAAUAUUUAUCUGUUAAUGUCGAACUGAUGAAGGAAGAUAUAAUGGAAGGAGUUGGUCAGAUGAAACAUGAUGUUACUCUGAUGAAAAAAGAUGUAACUAAAGAUGUUAGUCAUAUGAAGAAAGACGUAUUAAAAGAACUUAAUCAAGUGAAGAAAGAAUCUACGAAAGGGAUUAACCAAUUGAGAAAGGAUAUUAUUAAAGAACUUAGUCAAGUAAGAAAAGAAUCAUCAAAAGAAACAAGUCAGAUGAAACAAGCAUUAAUGGAAGAAGUCAAUCUGAUCAGAGUAGAUACUACCACUGAAAUUAAUCAGAUGAAGAAAGACACCACAAGAGAACUUAAUCUAAUCAAAGAAGAUAUUAUUUUAGAAUUUCAAGAUAUGAAAGAAGAUUUAACUACUAAUAUCAAUAAAAGUAACUUGUUUGCUCUUAAUGAACUAACCAGAAUGAAAAACACUUCUAAAGAAAUUAAACAGAAACAGAUGGAUAUAAUAAAAGAAGUGAAAGACACAAAACAAAAUGCCUCGAAAGAAAGUAAACUGCUUAAAGAUUUUCUUUCAAAGGAGGUUGAUCAGUUCAGAGAGAUUGCAUUGAAAGAACUAAUCCAAACGAAAGAAAGAUCAGAAGAUUAUGAUUCCAGCAAACAGCUAAACGAGGGACUUGAUGUGCACUGUAUGAAAGCGUCUUUGAAGGAGGACAUAGAAAUGAAAAGAGAUGCAUUCUUUGAAAUUUUACAGUCGAAGGAUACUGUCAGACAAGUAAUAAAAGAACUGCUGAAGGAGAUUGAUCAAAUUAAUGCAAGAACAAUAGAGGCAUUUGAGGACAUUAAAGGUGAAAUGUCUGAAGAAUUUAAUAAGGCAAAAGAAGAUACCAUUGAAGAAUUUAAUGAGGGCCAUAAGAAAACGGCAGAUGAACUUCACCAAAUGAAAGAAAUAAUAUUGAAGGAGGUUAAUCUGAUAAAGUCAGAGACUUCUAAUGAAAUCAAAAAAAUGAAAGAACACAUAACAAAUGUUGAUUCCAAGAUGGAUUUGUUAAUGAACAUGUUAAUGGACUUAAAGAAAGACAUCAAUGGGAACUCAAUUAAUAAUGGAUCGAGUAAUAUGGCAAAUGAUAUAUCAGUUGUAAGUGCAAUAGAAGCUAGUGACGAAGAACCUGAUCACUCAGACAACGAUAAAAAUGAUGAGGAUUUUGAAUAUAUUUCUAAAUGUUUCCUGAUGAGUAGAAAAAUCAAGACUGUUACCGAAGCUUAUGAUGAAUGGUAUCUGUCAGUUUUGAAGGCGGGAAAAGCCAAUUCCCGUUGGCCCACCAAAGCCAAAGAGAGAAAGUAUUUUCAAAUGAGGAGAAGGAUGAUUAAAAGAAUUGAUACAUUAGCCCAAGAGCUUGAUAUAGAUGGUAUGACUCUUGCUGAGAAGAUUGAACAGUUCAGAAUAAGAGGUAACCUUACUUUAAGAGGUUUGACUCUUGUCUUGAACUCUGAGGAAAGCUAUAGGACUUUCAAGCAAUCAAUGAUGGGCGAUAUUAAAAAAGACAUCAAUGAUGAAUCAUCAUGUAGUGUAACUUAGA